CAUCUGCAUUGCUUGCUGUUUGGGGUUUUAGGCUGGGUUUCUGUAUACGUACUUUGUGAGAUCUGCUGACAUAAAAAGGGCUUUAUAAAUACAUUUGAUGAUUUGAUUUGAUCAUGAAAUGCCUAUAUGAUAUACUGUGUGUGGCUAUAACUGUGCAGUACACUUAUCUGCUUACUCCUUGUUCACUCAUUAUUAUAAGCUCAUUAUUACUUGCAUAAUGAAAGUGUUUUCCCAGAACUGGCCAAAGAUAAGUUUCAUUUCUCCAUCAUUGCCACCCUGAAAUCCUCGGUCUUCUCGUCUUCUGAAGUGUACUGCACCCCGUCACUCAACAACCUAAUCCAAUCAAAUGAUUCAAUCGGACUGGGGGGUUGGAUUUAAUCCAGACGAAAUCUCACAAUAAAUUGCCUUCUUCACACACAUUGCCUGAAACGGUUGGUGUCGCAGUUGCAUUCCGAGGUGUGAAGCGACUGAUCUGCACGCAACGAAUCCAGGGCACUAGACUGUAUUUCAGACUUCCUGAUUGGAGCGUGUUAGCGAACAAUUGAUCAUGGCACUAGACGGAUGUGGGCAGCUGUGUAAAUGUAUCCUCAUCCUUUUCAACAUCAUUUUUGCCCUGGUGGGUUUGGCGAUGUUGGGGUUGGGCUUGUGGCUGAGGUUCAGCUCUGAGACCAGAGGAUUUUUCAACAUAGACCUCAACACGCAACAGUUUGUCAUCGGUGUGUCCGUGUUGAUUGCGUUAGGAGCAGUGAUAUUGCUCGUAGCUGCUUUCGGAGACUAUGGAGCGUGUAAUGAGAAUAGGACUGCUUUGGGAGUGUUCUCCUGCCUGCUGGGUAUCCUGGCUGGAGUACAGAUCGGAGUCGGAGUGAUCGCCUACGUGAGAAGUGAUGAGGUUGGGAAGCAGCUGGCGGAAUUCUAUACUACAGUGUAUGCACAGUAUGUGGCCAAAGGAGACCCUGGUAUGGCGGUUACCCUGUCCAUCUUCCACAAUGGGUUGCACUGCUGUGGAAUCAUUGGUGCCUUGGACUUCUUGGUGAAAAAAACAUGUCCAAAAACCGGAUUUAUUGAGACCUUCACUCUCCCGGCCUGCCCCACAGUGAUUGUCGACAUCUUCGUGUCCAAAGCGCCGCUGGUGAUGGGCCUCUUCCUUGGGACUGCGACUAUGCUGAUCACAGCCCUGGUGUGCUGCAGCAUCCUCAUGAAACAGAUCAAGAUGAAUCAGUUGUCUGCCCCUGUGUAUUACAGCCAGUCCGUGAACUGAGGGGACAGGACCACCAACAUGUUGAAACACAUUUUUCGCCGCUGUGAAACCAAACCAGAUGGUUGUCAUUCAGUGACCAUCACCCCAUUCCCUCCUUUUACUUAAUACUUCUGGAGAGGCGCCCAAUAAAAAUGGAUGUCCUCCUAAUUAGCUUUCAUUCAUUUGCGUAGCUGGACAGGGCUCUAGAUCAUCUGUACAUGGCAUUAGCAGGGCUCAGAAUGAGACCACACCAUCCAUUUAGAUGACAUAAACAGGGUAGACAAGACACUGUUGCUCAGUAGCAGCUCAGUUUGUUCUGCCCCGCUUCCCACUGUAGUCCUUCAUCUUCAAAUGUUUUACCUUUUUAAUUCACUGUUACCAAAUGUUAGUGACUGUAUAUAGCUGCUCUUGCUGACAUAAAUGCUGCUUACAUGAAAGCUACUAUUUUAUUAAGAUAUUGUCAGACGGAGCAUUGAAUGAGGGCACCACUAUAAUCAGAAGCUGCUCAUGUUUUUUUGUACAGUCCAACGUGUUGACCUUUCCCUGUGAUCACAUCAGUUUAGAAUCAUGUUUGUGUUGCAACACUUUUACAAUGUUUCAAAGUUAAAAUAUCCAUAUCAAUGUACUGCUGGCAGAAUUAGCAUCUUAAAAUGGCGUGAUCUUAGAUUGUUAGGAAAUUAAUUUCUACGAGGAUUUAACUAUCAACUGCAAACUGGAUUAAUCUGUAGUUGGUUCUCUAUGCCAAAUGGAGUGCAUUUAUUAACAAUGUAGUUUAUUAAUAACAUCUUUAAUCAUUCUACACACUUAGAAUCCUAAUCCCCCAACUGCAGCGCCACUUGUACACCCUAAGGUGAUAUGAAACAUCUGUGAUUUCUUCAGUCCAUGUUUGGAUGUUGAUGUUGGAUGAUAUAUGCAACGUUGCGUCAGGGAUCCUUAAAUGUGCCUCUGGAACAUUCAGUUUCAUUGACUCAUUCUAGUCACUUAUUCUAUUACUUUGAUGCCAUUUCUACCAUGUGAACAACUGAUUUCUAUAAGCGAACUGGGAUGUAAAGGAUACAUUUCCUUGUAAUUUUGAGUCACUCCAAUUGCAGCGCAUGUGUAACCUAGAACCUUAUUGCUCUUGGGAAUCAUAUCUACCAGAAUGCCCCGUCAAGCAGCAGUUGUAAUGGAGGCUGUUGAGUGAUAGAAUAAGCACUUCAUAUGGAGUGCCUUGGUACACCAGCCAAAGUGUUGCCCUGUAAAUGCAGGCCUUGUCAGGAGUGGGCCAAUCAUAUGGUGUGAAAACUACUCAGAAUGACAAAAUGGUGUAACUAACCAGGUCAAGUGUCUUAUUUUAUAGUUCUUAAUGAUAAUUUGAAUUUCCAACACUUGUUUUACAAUGUAAGAACCGCUUAUAUUCUGUUGCAAGCUAAUACAACUGACUGUGUAACAUGGCACCAAAUGUGGAGCUUUUUGUUAAAUAAAUAAAUGUGUUUUUUUCCCUUG